AAAACGAGCGAUCCGCAGGUCGAUAUACUACCGGGCAAGUCAUCGACCACCAGACACGGUGUGACUGUUAUUCGGUAAAGACGUGAUCAUGAGGAUGGUGGUCUCGAUCAGGGAAGUGCUGGCUGUGUGCGGCGUCCUGUGCAGCCUCGUGUCCGGGGUGCACUGUGCAGAGCAAUUCAACAUGACCCAGUACAGGCUGAUGCCGCGAGUGUUUCAUUUCGAUGACUACGACGAGUGUCUGCUGGAUGACCCGUCCGUACCGGAUGUGUACUGCAUGGUGAAGGCAGUGGUGCAACCGAACACAUCCUCCCCGGCCUGGAACGUGAUUGCCGAGUUCUCCAGCAACUGGAAGCAACAUCUUAACCACGCACAUCUUGACCGAGGCCUUUGUCUGAGCGGGUGCAUCCGGCUGUUGGCCGAGCUCGAGCGGCAGCAGAACGUCACCGAGCAGGAGUUAGGGGCGUUGGUGGUGCCGAAGUUUAAAAUCGAUUUCCCGUACAUCAUCAAGAAUGGCACGUUCCGGGAUGUGGACACGUAUCGUCGCAACUACUCGGAGCUAUUCGCUAAGUGCAUCAACUACGAGCUGCAGCAGAAGCACGGUUUGCGUGCCUAUACGGAAAUUGAAUACUGCGACAGCAACCGGCAAUCAUAUCCGAUCGACAAUUUGGAAAUCGCGUUCCUGGUCGUGUUGGGCGUGCUGCUGCUAACGGUGACACUCUCGAGCUGGUACGAUCAUCGCUGCAAGCAGGACCAUGGAUUGAGCCACUAUCAGGCAGAGCUGCCGAGCAAAGCGGCCAUGGUGCUGGUGUCAUUUUCCAUCAUACGCAACUGGUACCGUCUAACGUCCCGGAGCGAUGACAGUCUCAGCCGCUCGAUACGCUACAUCCACGCGGUCCGAUUUAUGAUUUUCAUGAUGAUCAACAUGGGCCACAACGUGCUUUACGCACAGCCCCGUACCGCGAUGGUUAUCGAACGGAAAUUCAGCGAAGUUGAUUCGAUGAUUGUGGCGAACGGAUCGCACGUCGUUACCACGUUCUUCGUGAUAAGUGCGCUCAUGUUGGUCCUGUCGCUGGUAAACAAGCUGGAACAGACAGGCCGAAAAAUAGGAUUCCUUGAAAUCAUUAUGAUUUCCAUCGCACGCUACAUUCGCCUUACGCCGGUGUACGCGUUUAUAAUGUUUCUGGAAGCGACGUGGCUGGUACGCUAUCUCGAUGGUCCACUGUGGCGCAAAGGAUUCGAAACGAGCCGCACCUACUGCCGGAAGCACUGGUGGGUCAAUCUGCUGUACAUUAACAAUUACUAUGCGACGGACGAACCGUGCAUGCAACACACCUGGUACCUGGCAGCCGAUUUCCACAUGUUCGUGUACGGGCUGGUGGUGUGUGCCGUGGUCCUCCGCUUCCCAAAGUACCGGACGUACAUACUUUCCUUCCUGCUGCUGGUCUGCACAAUGAUUGCCGCCAUCGUUGUUUACGUGAACGAGUACGAAGCCGUGACAGUGUUACCACCGGAACCGCUCAGAUUUUUCUUCUGGUACUGGGACAUGUACCACGGAACGUACCUACCGACGCACAUGUACCUGAUCAAUUACACUGCCGCCAUUAUGGGCUCGUUCUACAUGCUCUAUCUGCAGCGCAAGAACUUCAAAACGCCAAAGAUGUUUUCAUUUCUGUGGCUGCUCGGAAUGUUAGCGAUGCCAGGCUCGUUCGCUGCCGGGUACUUCAUCUACAGCAACCUGUUCGAAACACCGUCCGUGUGGAUGGCGCUGGUCUUCCCGCUCGGCCGCAUACUCUACACCGCCCUCAUGUUCCUGCUGACGGUCGGGUUUAUCUUCCGCGCGAGCAAACCCAUCCUGAGAUUGCUCAACAUCCACCUGUUCGGCAUUCUUGGGCGUCUUACGUACUGUGCGUACCUGUGCCACUUUUUCAUCACGCGCGCAGUAUCGUUCGGCACGAGACGGUUGGCGAAUCUGGGCGUAUUUGAGAUGAACGCCUCCAGCUGGUCGACGCUGCUAAUGUCGUACGUAUUCGGUUGGCUGCUCUGCCUGAUGCUUGAGUCACCGUUCAUUGCUCUGCAGAAGAUUCUGUUCGAAAGCUUGCACGGCAAACGACAGCCGAACGCGGCAAGCAAUCGGCAGCUGCAGCCGGACAACCUUCCAGCGCCGGCAACCUUUCUGGGCUCGCUGAACACGCUCCAAGGAAAGUUGCCGGUAAAUGAGGUGGAAUCGUACACAAAUUCUACCGAACAGCAGCGACUUUAGUGCGCUGUUACUACGCGUGGUGGCACUCGGGUAGGUUGGGACAUCCGCUCUUAAGGUGUAACCAAUGCGUGAGUGAUACGUCUUGGCGAUAUUCUGAGUACUCACAAUCCAAGCACUAGUCCAGAAAACCUUUGAAAAUUUUAAAAUACUGACUGGAAAAACAUUGAAUUUAAACUAGAAAAACCGUGCAAGCCUAACAUGGGGUGUGCGCUUUGAAAGUGAAAGUAUACUUCUUGAAGAGUUAGCACUCAGAACAUCGCCAACUGUCAGAGUUACUAACUUGCAAAGCAGCCUUACUUAUCACUCCCUAAAUUAGCAGACCUACAUGACCUACUGGACAUACCAAAACAGGGUGAAGAAAAUCUAUGGUUAAGCUAUAAAAUGUUAAUGUUUGUAAAAGAGUGUGCGUACUGCUUGAAACUAAUUCAAUUAUAUUAAUACAUCGAAAUGAAUAAUUGUAAAGAAAAUAAAGCGUUGGAAAAUCGUUAUGGAGUUUUCAAGAGGAACUUUUUGCGAUUGAACCAUGCAACUUAGGAUUGGCAAAUUCUGUUCAAGAUGAAGUGCUACAUCUAGUGGAAGAAUAGACAUGAACCUGUAGCAUUUGCCUGAUACAAUCUACUGUACAAUCUUGACUGAACCAUUUUUUUGUAUAAACUUGUGA